AUGGCGAUUUCUAAACCGGGGGACUUCCUGAAGGUGAACGCCAGCUCAGGAUACCGACGCCUGAGCGUGGCGUGGACCACGGCGACCCGCAAGGUGAAGUGCGUCGACCACUACACCGUCGCGUGGAGCUCCAACGCCACAGACCGGACGUACUCGGAGGACCGCUGGUCGGGCGCCACGUCCUUCGACGUCCCGGUGGCGUUGUUCUCCGAACCGCAGGUGUUCCUCGUCGAGGUGUCCGCGGUCUUCAAGGACGGCGGGAAAGAGUCGCACUCUCUGCAGCUCGACUACCACCCCGGAGGAACAAGCGCCGCUGCGCGAGCCAUGGCGGGCGUGCGGAGCUCCCACCGGGAUUUCGGUUCGGGAGGGGCUUGACCCAGCUGAGGCUAUCACUGAGAGAAAGGUUUUACACAGCCAUCUUCAAGCAGUUUAAC